AUGCCUUCUGCACAACCACUCCGGGACGAUGCUUUUGGAUCGUCAAAUAAUCACCUAGAUUAUGAUGUUCUCAUAAUUGGCGCCGGCCUCAGUGGCAUCCUCAGCCUUUACCGUAUGCGAGAGCUCGGUUUGAAGGCACGCGUCAUUGAAGCCGGAUCUGCCGAGGGAGGAACCUGGUUCUGGAACAGAUAUCCUGGAGCACGAUUUGACUCUGAGAGCUACUCUUACAUCUUUUCAUUUUCGCAAGAGGUGCUCGAUGAAUGGGAUUGGACGGAGCAUUUCGCUCCCCAACCGGAAACACUUCGCUAUAUCCAGUAUCUUACUUCGAAGUUCGACCUCAAGAGAGACAUGCAAUUCAAUACUCGCAUCAGCUCGGCACGAUUCCAAGAAGACAGCUCUUCAUGGCUUCUCGAGGAUGAAGAUGGCGCUCAUUACACAUGCCGGUAUCUCAUCACGGCGAUGGGUAUCUUGAACAAGCCGACCUUGCCCAACAUUCCGGGCGUAAAGAACUUCAGAGGCGAGUCUUGGCAUACGGCAAGAUGGCCCAGUGAUGCUUCCAGCCUUGUUGGCAAGCGAGUGGGCAUCAUUGGUACCGGCGCGACAGCGAUCCAGACCAUCCAGGCCAUCUCCGACAAGGUCGGCCACCUAACCGUCUUUCAGCGAACGCCAAACUGGACUGCUCCGCUGCGAAAUAGCAAGAUCAGCCCCGAGGAGAUGGACGAAAUCCGAAAGAGAUACCCAGAAAUCUUCCGCCAAUGCCUCGAGUCGUAUUCUUGCUUCAUCCAUGUGAGUGACCCCAGUAGCAUCUUCUCUAUGACAGAAGAAGAACGUCAUGAACACUGGGAGAAGCUGUAUGCCCUACCUGGAUUCGCCAAGGUACUCAGCAUCUCUGGAGAUGUGUUCACAGACCACAAGGCAAAUGCGCUGUAUAGCAAGUUUCACGCGGACAAGAUACGCUCAAGAGUCAAAGACCCAGAGAUUGCCGAGAAGCUGAUCCCGAAAAACCACGGCUUUGGCACAAGACGAGUUCCCCUCGAGAGCGGAUACUUCGAGGUCUUCAACCAACCGAAUGUCAAGCUCGUCGAUGUUCGAGAAGCCCCGAUUUCCCAAAUCACAGAAACCGGUGUUCAGACCGAGGACGCAUUUCAUGAACUGGACAUCCUCAUUUACGCGACCGGAUUUGAUGCUGUGACCGGGUCCUUUAAUGCUGUGGAUUUCCAGGGUCGCAACGAGACCAAGCUGAAAGAUGUUUGGGCCAACGGCAUCCGGACGUUCCUGGGCCUCACGGUUAAAGACUUUCCCAACAUGUUUAUGAUCAUGGGGCCACACCAGAUGUUUGGCAACAUCCCAAGGUCCAUCGAGUAUGCGGCAGAUUGGGUAGCCGACUUUAUUCGCUAUGCCCGGGACAACAAAGUGACGUCCGUGGAAGCGACCGAGAAGGGCAUGGAGGACUGGACACAGCAUGUGCACGAUUGUGGCCAAGGUCUUCUGGCAAAUGAAGUUGACUCGUGGAUGACUGGCGUUAACAAGAACCUGGCCCACAAGCAGAAGCGUUCCAUGACACGAUACAAUGGACCAGCACCAGGAUAUCGGAAGAGAUGUGACGAGGUCAAGGCACGGGGUUACUCGGAUUUCGUAAUGGGACACAACUAG